CGCAGCCGACUGCCUGUCUUCCCCCAGCCCCCAACCUCCUCCCCUCUGGGAUAGCAGGGCUGACAUUUGAACGUGCUUCAAGCUACACCAAGCCUUUUGGGAGACGCCUUCGGCAACUCUCGGUGCUCCUUGCCAGAGGAGCAAAAGCAGCACCUAGCCCCUCUUUCUACCCUACGUUUUCCAGCCAUGACCGAAGGCAAAGCUCUCAAAGUCCGGGUGACCUUUGCCAUUAUUCUGAUAGGGGUUGCCUUGAUGUUCACGGCAGUGGUGACCGAUCAUUGGGCUGUGCUGAACCCCAAGGUAGAGGAAUACAACACUACCUGUGAGACGGCUCACUUUGGGUUAUGGAGGCUCUGUAUCAAACGGAUCUACGUUGAAGAAAACAAGAUGGAGAAGGAACAGGGUUGUGGGCCCAUAAGCCUGCCAGGAGAAUACAACUGUUCCUAUUUCACACACUUUGUCUCAGGAGAAAGCACUGAGAUCUUUCAAGUAUCAACGCAACGAGAAUACAGCAUUUCUGCAGCUGCCAUUGCCAUCUUCAGCGUGGGCUUUUCCAUCAUCGGAACCAUUUGUGUCCUCUUAUCCUUCCGGAAGAAGAUGGAUUACCUCUUGAGGCCAGCUGCCAUGUUCUAUACGUUUGCAGGCCUGUGUAUCAUCAUAUCUGUGGAAGUUAUGAGACAAUCGGUCAAAAAGAUGAUUGCGAGUGAUGACACAGAAUGGAUAGACUACUACUACUCCUGGUCCUUCGCCUGUGCCUGUGCCUCUUUCGUCUUGCUGUUCCUCUGUGGAGUGGCACUUCUGCUCAUCUCCUUGCCUCGCAUGCCACAGAACCCGUGGGAGACUUGCAUGGAUGCCGAGCCAGAACAUUAAGUGUCGCCAGCUCGUGUUGCCACUUCAGCCGUAUCAUAUCCCUCCUGUCCCUCAAAGGCCAGCUAUAUAUAUAUAGAGAGAGUGAGAGAUGACCUCCAGGAGCUGGUGUGGGAAUAUCUUUGGAUCAUGCCUACUGAGAGAAUCAGUUAGGAACUGAAUGCAAAAUCCUGAGAUUAAAGAAGUGAUGAAGAUGACCUCUUUUGACAAGAUGUACAAAGAUUUGGCCUGGUUGCACUGCUAGAUUGGUAACACAGCCUGAAAAUGUUGGUAUAAAUGUCCCUGAACAGAAAUACAGACAAGAGAGAAAAUUUGUCUAAAUAGGAGUUGUGGUCACUCUUUUAGGGACAAAUAACCUGAUGCCAACCUGAUGUUUUGGAUUAUAGCUCCAUUAAUCCUUCAUAAUUGGCCAUGUUAACAGAGACCCAUAGGAUAUGUAAUCCAAAACAUCUGGGUGACUCCUGCCCCGUUUGAUUAACCUUAAGAAUGACAAAGGGGGGAAAAAACCCCUGAAAUCAUAUUUUGUCAGUGUAGAUUUUUUUUCUCCAUCUGUAAAUAACCUUACUACCAAUUUGGAGGCACUCGUAAUGUUAUUAAGCACGUUACAAAAACAGAUUCUAAAAAAAAUGUUGGAUAACAUGAAGAUGGAAGAAUCUCUAAGGCAUAUGCUUAGAGUCAACACUGAUGAUUUUUUAUUAUAUUUCUUAUAUGUCAGCUAGUAAUUUGUUGAGCUGGUAUGAUUGGGGAAUGACAGAGACAAGGAAAUUGAAUAAUAAUAAUGAUGAUUUUGAAAACUAAAACAAAUUAUACAGAGGGAAGCCAGCAGGGGAUCUGCUCCAAUCAUCAGCUAAUAUUUUUAACUACAGUCUUCCCGCAUCUGCCACCAUCCAGAUGUUUUUGACCAAAAGACACAAUAUGUACGUUUGAGUAUUUCGUAGCAUUUGCAGCCUGGUUAGCAUUUGUAAAGGACAAGAAGCUAUUAAACUGGUUGAGUACAGGA